AGCCGGCGGCCGGCCUGAGGGGAGGAGGCAGAGGAGGGAGGAGGAGGAGGAGGAGGAGGAAGAAUUCGUCGGAACUCGAGCGCCGGCGGCGGAGGAGGAGAAAGGAAAGAGAAAGGCGGAGCGCGGAGAGGCGGAGACGGAGCCCGGCAGGGGCGGCACCACGGCUCCAGCCCCGCACGGUCCGGUGUGAGGCGAGCGACGCGAGGAGACGCCGCCGUCGCCGCCACAGCCUCCGCUUCGCUCCCGUCCUUCGGGCCACGCCUGCCGCCCGCGAGCUGCGGCGCCGCGGCUCGGCGUGCCGCAGUCCCAGGUUUCUUUAUCUCCAGAAAAAAAAAUUGGCACCUUGCAUCCUGGAAGUUAAUUUAAGAGUCUGAAAUUAGGGACUUCUUUUAAAUUUGGACAUGGCUAAUCGAGGAGCAACAAGACCCAACGGGCCAAAUACUGGAAAUAAAAUAUGCCAGUUCAAACUAGUACUUCUGGGAGAGUCUGCUGUUGGCAAAUCAAGCCUAGUGCUUCGUUUUGUGAAAGGCCAAUUUCAUGAAUUUCAAGAGAGUACCAUUGGGGCUGCUUUUCUAACCCAAACUGUGUGUCUUGAUGACACAACAGUAAAGUUUGAAAUCUGGGAUACAGCUGGUCAAGAGCGAUACCAUAGCCUAGCACCAAUGUACUACAGAGGAGCACAAGCAGCCAUCGUUGUCUACGACAUUACAAAUGAGGAGUCCUUUGCUAGAGCAAAAAACUGGGUUAAAGAGCUUCAGAGGCAAGCAAGUCCUAACAUUGUAAUAGCAUUAUCAGGAAACAAGGCUGACCUAGCAAAUAAAAGAGCGGUAGAUUUCCAGGAAGCACAGUCAUAUGCAGAUGACAACAGUUUAUUAUUCAUGGAGACAUCAGCUAAAACAUCGAUGAAUGUAAAUGAAAUAUUCAUGGCAAUAGCUAAAAAGUUGCCAAAGAAUGAACCACAGAAUCCAGGAGGAAAUUCUGCUAGAGGAAGAGGAGUAGACCUCACUGAACCUACACAACCAACCAGGAGUCAGUGUUGUAGUAACUAAACCUCCAGUUUGAACUAGCUGGAAAAUUCUUCUGCUUCCUAAAUGUAAAUAACAGUGGAAUUGGAGCAUUUAACCGGCCCAGUAUGACUUCCAAAAAGAAGAGACUUACGAUAGAGUCAGGUUUCUAAUACAGAAUUAUUUUAAGUGUUUUUGAACUUAAUUUUUAAUAACAUGCAUGUGUCCCUCUGACUAAUGUUUCAGCAAUAGAAAGGGAAAGUGAGUACUGUGUGUACACUUGUUUCAUUGGAAGGUUAAGGGUAAUAAUCAUUUCUCAUCACUAGAAAUAGAGACCAAUGACUAUCUGGACCCUCAGUUAAUGAGCCAGUUUUCUCCAAACUAACACAGUAGUCAUCUAUGAAAAGGACUUGGAAUUUAUUUGGGCUUUUCAGAAAACAUUUUUAGGAGAUUCUGAGCAUAUUUAUGCUUAGAUACAGUAUUCAGACAAAUAGCAAUUUUUCUUGGUAUCUGUACUUAAAGUACAUGUGCACAUUUUAAUAAAUUAACCACAAGAAAAACCUCCAGAGGACUGGGGGAAGAUGAGCAUUAGUGACAUCUAAAUUAUAACCAGUCCUGUUACUUUUUAAAUGGGUAAAAAAUUCAAAUGUAACCCCAUCAUAUUUUAGGGAUAUGAUAACUGAUAAAUGCCACUUAGUGAAUAGUGUUCCCCUUCAGACAUGUGAGCUCUUCAAGAAAAAAAUAUAUAUGUGAAACCAGGUAUCUGUGAUUUCUAUUUAAUCACUGCUGGCUAUUACAUAGGUCUUGUUUGGGGGCAAGGAGGGAGCCUUUGUUCCCUUUGAACAUAAUACAGUCAAUGCACUAACAAUUAUGUACAUUUAAACUUGAUUAUUUUAAAUUUGAUCUUCAGCUGUACUGUAAAUAGGGUACUGCAUUGUAGUCUCCGUAUGUUUAUUACUUUUCUGUAAUAUUUAAGAGUUGCUUAAAGUAUACAAAAUGUACAGUUACUAAAACAUCUAAUUAACUUCUCUUCCCCCUUUGAAAUGAAGGGGUUUCAGUUGUUCUUACAUGGGAAGAACCAUAAUAAACAAUAUUCCUGUAAUUUGUAACAUAAGUAUUGCAAUGGUAGUAACAAUCUUACAGCCUUGUUUUCCAAAGUUCAUUUUAUUUUGAUCGGUUCAGUAUAUUGCACUAAUUAUUUUAGGUAUUUUCAUUAUAUGAAAUCUACCAUGUGUCAGAUGAUUUAAUCUAUUUAAGUGUUGAACUGCUAGCAGAACUUGUACAUUACAGUAAUUCAGAAUUAGUAAGGAAAACAGUUCACCAGUGUUUAGUUUUAUAUUGAGGUGCUCAGGUUGGAAUAAAGUGGUAUAAAAAGCAAGUAGUGGUUUUUUUCUU